CUCCGCCCGCACGCAGAGUACCUGCAGCCCGGCUCCUCUUGCUGGCCUUAAUCUUCAUGUCCUCCUCACAAUUUAGUCGUAGCAAGUCACCUUAAUCAGGCCGGGCUGGGCGGACUCUGUCGUGAUAAAUGACACCCAACCGAACCUGGCGAUUUUAAAAUAAUCAAGGUAGCUCCGGACUCAGGAAUGUUGUUUACAAGCGACACCUGCUGCGACCAAAAGCACAACGAAAGUAGAGACAGUAGCGCUGUCUGCGUCGGCAUGGACGGCUGGAGUCUCCCGUCUGCCGGAGGAGUUUCAGACCCUCCUUGUGGGGGAUCUCCGUCCCAGGUGCCCUUGAGGAAGCAUGCGGUGAAGAGGCACCACCACAAACACAACCUGAAGCACAGGUACGAGUUUCUGGAGACUCUGGGGAAAGGAACCUACGGCAAGGUGAAGAAGGCCAGGGAGAGAUCCGGGAGGCUGGUUGCUGUAAAGUCCAUCAGAAAGGAGAAGAUCAAAGACGAGCAGGACCUGGUGCACAUUCGCAGAGAAAUCGAGAUCAUGUCUUCUCUGUGUCAUCCUCACAUCAUCUCCAUAUAUGAAGUUUUCGAGAAUAAGGACAAAAUUGUGAUAGUGAUGGAGUACGCCAGCCGAGGGGACCUGUACGACUACAUCUGUGACAAGAAGAACCUCUCUGAGCGUGAUGCCAGACACUUCUUCAGACAAGUCGUCUCUGCUGUGCACUACUGCCAUCAGAAUGGGAUUGUACACAGAGACCUGAAACUGGAGAAUAUUUUACUAGAUGCCAAUGGCAAUGUGAAGAUUGCAGACUUUGGGUUGUCCAACCUCUACCACGGGGACGAAUUCCUGCAGACGUUCUGCGGCAGCCCUUUGUACGCCUCCCCAGAGAUAGUCAAUGGACGGCCAUACCGUGGACCGGAGGUGGACACCUGGUCUCUCGGAGUGCUGUUGUACACGCUGGUUCACGGCACCAUGCCGUUUGAUGGACUCAACCACAAGAUGCUGGUCCAGCAGAUAAGCACAGGAAACUACCGCAAACCCAGCAGGCCUUCAGACGCCUGUGGACUCAUCCGCUGGAUGCUCAUGGUGAAUCCUGAACGCAGGGCCACCAUAGAGGAGGUGGCUGGACACUGGUGGCUCAACUGGGGCUACCCUCAGUCCCUGCUGUGUGAGAAGAAGAGCAGUGUGGCAGAGCAGACCCCUUCAUCAGUAUCCCCAUCAACUUCAUAUCCCACAGGCCUGGCUAGUGUUGCUAGCUGGCUGCGUCGUACAUCCAGACCGUUACUGGAGAACGGCUCCAAGAUGCGCUGCCUGCUCCGUCCUCAGGUGGGUGGAGGAGACGUGGUGCGACAGCGCUCACUGAGGAGGUCCCAAAAGGAGAACAAUGUGUCCCAGACAGUAAAUGAAGGAAGCACAGACUCUCGGCCCUACAAGGGCAUUCUGAAGAGACGUAACAGCAUGAAACAGAAGGCAGUGAAUGAAGGUCCAGCUGUCGGUUCAGUGGAUCCUCAGAACAUUUUGGGUUUGUCUGCUUCAGCUCACACACCUUCUGCCUCUUUGUUGCCACGCAAAGGCAUUUUAAAGAAGCCUUCAGAGCAAGAGUCAGGGUAUUACUCCUCCUCUCCUGAAAACAGCGACUCGGGCUGGGCACCACAAACUAAAGCGUACCCCUCAGCUCCAACCUACAGGAAGGGGAUCCUCAAACGUAACGGAAAGUUCUCUUCCGGCGGGCUCCAAGAGUUCGGCUCUCUGGACCAGCUAGCAGCAUCUUUACCUGCAGAAAGCACCAGAUCCAGACCAAGUGUGGCCAUCAGUGAAGACAGCAUUUUGUCCUCGGAGUCCUUUGAUCAGCUGGACCUGCCAGACCAUGUGAUGCCUCCGACACAAAUGACCAAACCAGCCAAAGCUAGCAUGAAAGGCAGCGUCUCCGCAGACAACUUGUUGGACAUGGGUGAAGGUGGGAUUCUGCCUGAUGGGAUGCUGAGGCCGUGGGACUGUUAUGAGUCUGGAGUGGCCGACAGUGCCUUUUCCAUCAGUGACUGUGAUAACGUCACAGAAACGUACAAACAGGCCGCGGUUCUACAGGGAUCUGCAGUAAGCUAAGGACACAAGCUAAAAACUACUGAAGACUUGAACCAAAGUGUUUCAGGUGGGAAUGCCAGCACAGGUUUGGGCUAACUUGAAGAAUUCCAAGGCACCAAAAAGGGAAGAGAGGCGUUGUGUAACAUCAGACUGUAUUUUAGAUUGUUAAACUGGAUUAGACCAAUUAGAACUUUUAAUUGAAAUAAAUGAGAGUAAGAACGGGCAGGAUUGAUGAGAGGAAUGUAUCAAAAUCAAAGAUUCCUGGGAGAACUGAGAGGUGAUUGGUUUACAGUUAUUAGGAUCCCACAUUUGAACCAAAACAACCUCUUUCAUCAGCAGCUGUAGACUAAACACCAUUUGUUACUCCUGUUUAAUAAGACCAGUGUUGGAUUAUGGAUUACUUAGACAGACUGUGCAACACUUUCUGUUUAGAAACUCAGAGUCACUGGUUUCUUACAGGAUGACUUGGAUGUGUUGACUCAUCAGAAAUUCAGUUAGAAGCAAAAAAACACUGGUUUAGGAUUUCCUCUCUAGAGUCACAGCUGUUAUGUUUAGGGGAGAUAUUUCAGACACCAAAGACCACGUUUGUUUAUUUCAUUUGUACCGUUUUGUAUUGUUAUUUUUAUGUAGUGCAAAACGUGCCAAGGUGAUGUUUGCGUGUAAUAACUUAAACCUGUUUUUGUUUUUUUAGUAACUCAUAAGUUUGGAUAAUGACUUGAAAACAAUGACUUUGACCGGUGCAACCAGCUAAACCUGCUUCUGCCUUCUACUUACUAAUGCAUCUGCACAGGUCGACUGACUCAUUGUGGCUUGAUUUCCCAGCGAGGGCGGCGACCGCUCAGUCACUGUUUGUUGAAAGUUGAACAAAAACGUGUCUCUGACGCUCGAUCGUGGGAGACGAGUUAGUGGAGUUUUAUAAAUUUCACACUUUUUGAAGCUUGCAUUAUUCAAAACUAUCAACAAAUGCAAUCUUGUGCCCUCUGAGAUU